ACCAUUCGAUAGGUGCCAGUCUAAUAUUCAUAAGCGAUCGUUGUGCGUCUCCUACGGCUUCGACAUCGGCGCAGGCGUGACUUCGUCGUCGUAGUUUCGUCGCGCCGCGCCGUCCGUAUUGUCCUGGCACCUGCUGCAUGAGAUACAAGAAGAUAUCGCUCGUUUAGCCGCGCGGCCUUUAACCUGCUAACCUAGCAGGUCAAUCCUGAAUCGAAGAAGAUCCUCCGUUGAGAAUCGCUGAAGCAGGUUGACGCAUAACUCUCUCACUAUGCCAACGAGAACGCGAACUCCGCCCGUAUUGAUGAGCCUCGCGCUCCUCUUGCCGUUCACGUUCUGUCAAACGCCGAUGAAUCUGUUGGUCGUGCUGGAGGAAGCCGACUCGUCUAUCUUGGGUAUAUUGAACGACGCUGUUCCCGCAGCGGAGCAGAGUUUCGCGAACGACAUGAUCACCGUGAACUUUGUGACUGUUAUGGUGAAUCGCGAAAAUGUGGAAGCAAGUUUUGAAAAAGUGUGCGCCAUUCUGUACAAAGGAAUAAGCAUCAUACUAGAUAUGACGUGGACUGGCUGGGACAAACUGCGGAACAUCGCGGACGACCGGGGGAUAAUAUACAAACGCGGCGAUUGCAGCAUUAAUCCCUACGUUCAGACGAUCGACGAUCUGUUGCUUAUGAAAAAUGCGACGGAUGUCGGCCUGAUCUUCGAGGACGAAAGAGAGCUAAAUCAGAGUCUUUAUUAUCUCAUCGGGAAUUCGAUCAUCAGGCUAGUGGUUAUUGACGAAUUGACGGAGAGAACGGUGUCGAAAAUACGGAGUAUGCGGCCGUCGCCUUCUUAUUACGCCAUUUACGCCAGUACGCCAAAGAUGGAGGAACUUUUUAAGACGGCUAUCGAGGGAGGAUUAGUUAAGAGAGAGGGUAUUUGGAAUUUGGUAUUUACGGACAAUAAUUAUCAGGAAUUUCGAUAUCUCACCGGUGAGUCUCAGCUGAACGUCUCAUUCACCAUCCUCACUAUGAAGAUCGACAUCUGUUGUCGUUUGAUAGGCGAGGCAUCCUGCAAUUGUCCCAUAAACUUCAAGAUAUUCCCCUUUUAUUUGAAACGAUUAAUCGGCCUGAUCGUGAGCCUGAUGAGCGACGUACAAAAGGCGGGUAUAAGUGUAGAGCCAAAAACAGGUCAGUGCUCCUCCACUAAUUCCACUCCAGCUUCGAACUCUACAGCGGAGACAUUCAACAAGAUUUUAAUGACAAGACUGGACAGUAACGAUACUUUCGAGUACUGGGCAGAGAAGUCGAUGAUUACUUACAGGGCGGAGAUCGAGCUGCAGACGAUCAACAGCGGCUACGUGGAAUCACUCGCGACUUGGACGAGACGUACAAAAAUUAAAGAAGCGGACGGGAAGAAAAUAGAACCAGCCAGGCGAUUCUUCCGGAUUGGAACGGCACCAGCGGUCCCUUGGUCGGUCAUUAAGAAAGAUCCAGCAACGGGUCAAGAAAUGCACAACGAGGAGGGAAAGGAGAUCUGGGAAGGUUACUGCAUCGACUUCAUACAAAAACUAUCCGAAGUGAUGCAGUUCGAUUACGAUCUCGUCAUCCCCGAAGAUCAAGAGUUCGGCAAGAAAUCGCCUAAUGGCGAAUGGACUGGCUUGAUAGGUGAUUUAGCUCGAGGGGAAACCGAUAUCGCUAUAGCGGCGUUAACGAUGACGUCGGAGCGGGAGGAAGUCAUUGACUUUGUCGCUCCGUAUUUCGAGCAGUCCGGUAUAUUAAUCGUGAUGAGGAAACCCGUCCGUAAAACGUCUCUCUUCAAGUUCAUGACGGUGCUGAGACUCGAAGUCUGGCUCAGCAUCGUGGGCGCUCUGACUCUGACCGGUGUUAUGAUCUGGAUACUCGACAAGUAUUCGCCGUACAGUGCGAGGAACAACAAACAACUCUAUCCUUAUCCUUGUCGAGAGUUCACAUUGAAGGAAAGUUUCUGGUUUGCACUGACGUCCUUCACGCCGCAAGGUGGUGGCGAAGCCCCCAAGGCGUUAUCGAGCAGGACUCUGGUCGCAGCAUAUUGGCUUUUCGUCGUGCUGAUGUUGGCGACUUUUACCGCGAAUUUGGCAGCUUUCCUUACCGUGGAGAGGAUGCAGUCACCCGUGCAAUCGUUGGAGCAGCUGGCGAGACAGUCGCGGAUAAAUUACACCGUCGUGGCGAAUUCCAGCGCUCACCAGUACUUCAUAAACAUGAAAAACGCCGAGGAUAAACUCUACACAGUAUGGAAGGAAAUCACGCUGAACAGUACCAGCGAUCAAGUGGAAUAUCGCGUCUGGGAUUACCCGAUAAAAGAACAGUACGGUCACAUUCUGCAGGCCAUCACUCAAGUUGGUCCUGUGAAGGACACCGAAGAAGGCUUCAGGAAGGUGAUAGAAAGCGAGAACGCCGAGUUCGCGUUCAUUCACGACUCGUCUGAGAUUAAAUACGCGGUUACGAAGAAUUGCAACCUGACGGAAGUAGGCGAAAUAUUCGCCGAGCAGCCGUACGCCAUCGCGGUGCAGCAAGGCAGCCAUCUGCAAGAGGAAAUUAGCAGAAAGAUCCUCGAUUUGCAGAAGGACAGAUAUUUCGAGACGUUGGCGUCCAAGUACUGGAAUCAAACGCUGAAAGCCCAAUGUCCGAAUUCCGACGACAACGAGGGUAUUACGUUAGAGAGUUUAGGAGGAGUAUUUAUCGCGACUUUGUUCGGACUUGGCCUCGCGAUGAUCACUUUGGCCGGCGAGGUGAUUUAUUACCGUAAGCGCUCGCUGAAGGAUAAGCUGAACAACAAGAAGAAGACGAAGGAUAUCGAGAGCGACAAGAUCAUGCAGAAGAUCGCGUCGAAGCUGCAACUGAAGCCCGCGCCUACCGACGCGUUUUUCGGCAAGCAGCUCGGCAACCAGGCGCCGCGCGUCUCUCACAUUUCCGUUUAUCCACGACCUUUCCCCUUUAAAGAGUAAGCUGCGCUGCUCAACGACUGUCCAUCGUACGAUUCAAUCCCUCACGUGUCUCCCCAAGCUCUCUCCUUCUCAUUCAAAGGUACACGAGGCACUUUUAACAGAUAGAACUUAUCACUAUGGAGUCAAGAAGUAGUACUUGAGAUGAUCCUGUCGAUCUUUUACGACUUGCAUCUCAGGCGAUAUUCAGACAAUAUUGUUUCGUUAUAAGAUCAAAUAAAGAACACCGCACGAAGGUAAAAUAAAGUCUCGAUCGUAUCUGUUUAAUUGUGUUGCACGACAUUCGACGCUGAGUUUCGUUUGAGUGAUAUCUCGAACUUAGCAGCACUUAACAUCCCACAAUAGUG